ACGCUCGGUCUCCUAAUGCCAUUUUGUUUAGCGUCAUCAUUUCAUCUACUGACAUGCUGUUGUUGUUCCAGAGCCUCACCCUACCGUCCGGCGGAUGUGUUUUGCUGGGCAAGUAAAGUCGAUCACUUGAGAGGUAUGAAGCUCUCGAUUAUGCAAGAGAACGAUAGAGAUGAGGUAAGGGAAUCUGGGGAUCAAGUUUCCAACGAUGUGAUCAUGAUGGACAAUGCUACUAAUGUUAAGUGCGGAGAAGAUAACGGUACCUUAGAGAGAGAGGAGGGUUCCAUGGUAUCCAAUCUUCCUCUUCUGUUCGCUAACGGUUAUCCCACGUCUCUGGAGAAAAUCACUAUGGCGCAGCUGGAACGUUUUAUACUGUUUAUGGUCCAUUGUUCGCUGGGUCACGACACCACUAAGGUUAUUAAUAAGCCCGAGUGGUGGCCACAAGACGUUAAAUUCUCAAGUCCACUAACGAGACCUAAGAAGCUCAACGAUAACUGGAUGGCAAAUCUGAAGAAAUUGGUUUUCCGAUGUUACACGUAUCACAGAAGCGAAUAUCUGUUACGUUUUUGUUCCUAUCUAGCGCAGUAUCCCCACGAUGAGCUAGAAUACGUUAAUAAUUGGGACUCGACGACUAGUCUGUAUCACAAAAGUUCAGCAAAGCUACUAGUAACAUUUCGUAAUGAAAAUAUGCAUUAUGACAGAAAAAAUGAUAGCCCCCGAAGAACGUUGUUAUCGCAUAACGCAUCUUCGUCGGGCAGUGGAAACAAAACGAGACAAACCCCCAUGAUGGUUCAACCACCAUGCGACGACAUCUAUCUUUGUGACAAUUGCGACGCCGAAUUUGUAGGCCUCGCAAAUAUGAAGGAGCAUGAAAAGAUAUGCUGCGAACAAGAACACAGUGGCUCGCGCUCUUCUACACCAGACUCGUCUAUAGUCGAACCCGAGCUACAACAGGAUCAAUUUCUGGAGUACUUCCAGUUACAAUCGGGCAAGACUGAAUCUAAAUCGUCCGAUGUGAAAAACGCGAGUGCUCCUGAUGGUAGUAUCGUUAGACGAACGUCUGGACGUGUUAGAAGUUCUCUCAACUUCACAAGAUUCGCUACUAUCCCAUUCUCCUCGCCUGCCGGAAUAAUGUUGACAAAGAAAUCAAAGGCGAUGACUGAGGAAACGCAGCAAGAACGAUUAGAUAGAAUAGAGAGGCACGUCAUCGCGCCAGUACUGAGGGACUCGGGUAGACCAAAAUGGCUGGAUACAGAAGUCGAUAACGAUAGAUGGAUAGUGACAUACAAACAAAACCGGGAUAAACCGACAGACCACUAUGUGCAUCAAUACAAAUUUAUGAAUUCCUCGAAAAACAAGCCAAUGCUAAGCAUACAAUCGCAAAUACUCUAUGCCACAUGUCGACCUAUUUACGUCGGUCUUACCCAACUGAGUGAGAAGCAAAUUGAUGAAUUGAAAAAGGACCCUUCAAAAUGUAAAUGUCCUGAGAAGAGCGUCAAUGUGCGGAAAGUUGUAUUAAUGAGAAAGGCAGGACCGGCUUGCAAAACGAAAUCGCGAAGGACAUCUCACGCGCGAAGCGCGUCUGUAUCUUCGAAACGGAAAGCGCCGCUGGAGGUUGACGUAGAUUCGAUCAGUGAAGAAGAAGAAGCCAACAUUAGUACAUCAACUGAAGGAACUUUAACCGCGUUCGCUGCUGUUAAAUCAGUUCCGGGUAAAGCAGAAGCUACGAAACCAGCCAAAGAGAAAAAGUAUCCAUCGCGCGCGAUAAUGUUGAUCGAUCUUUGUUCGUCUGACGAGGAAGAAAACGAUUCGAGUACGCGCGAUGAGAACAGAGAUCCUAUGAAUACUGCGGAGUCUUCAAUCGCAAAGUCCUUCUUGCGAAAACUAUCCCGAAAAAAACUUUGCGCGAGACCCUGCAUUUACCCCGCACACUCAUUGACAGACUGGUUAUUGAAUAACGUAUUGAACGAAGAUGAUGCAAAUAAAUAUCGAUUGUUGAUAUUCGAAAAAAAAAGAGAAAAUGCGUAUGCCUUUCUUCGAUUUUAGCACAUAAAUAUUAAAUCAAUGUACAGUAAGUUAUUAUAUACGUGAUGAUACUUACAACUUGUACAUGUUACGUUUCUUAUAUUUAUUAUCCUAAAAUUAUUGAUACAAUAGUUGAAUUUACUCUAGGUUAUCGUAAGACUGUUAUAAUUUCGCGACAUUGUUUACAAAAUUGAAGAUUAAAUUGCGAAUAGAAUGGAUCAAUUUAGUCAGAUCACGUUCAGUUGCAAUAGAUUUUGGAGUGUUUCCCAUUACAUUUAAAAGAGAUUGAUGAGAAUAAGAAUUAACACACUAAAGCUUGUUUAUAAUCGAUUCUUAUAUUUAAGGAUUUUGAACACUUCAAAUAUUCCUUAUCCAGAAAAAUGAUCAGUACAGCAUCCAUAAGAGUCAUUUUUUUGGCUGAAUUGUUUUUGAACAUAUAUUUAAGUAAAUAUAGGAAUUAACUGUAAACAAGCCUUAGUGUGCAUUCUCAAAUUAAUGUGUAAAAUAAAAGGAAAGUAGGAGAAAGAGGUAAAACAGUAUACCGGAAUGACGCGUGAUAGGAUUCACAUGUUGUAUAAAACCAUUGGGCUACCUACAUCUCGCUUGGACUAUACUGGCUAUACGUUUCUAUUGAUUGAUUGAAAAUUGGUCCUGAUUUAACUCUAUUAAUGAUAGAAUUGUUUUAAAACAAUUAAAAUUGAUUUUGUAAUAAUGAUUAUUUGUGUUACCGCUAGUCAUAGCAGUAAUUUAAUGAGCCAAGCAUUGAACAUGUCAGAUUUCCAUAUAUGUGGAAGUAGGAGAUGAAUAGUCAACUGCUAUCUUAUUACAAAAUUUCUUUAAUACUUGUUGGACUGUUUUAUCGUGAUUGUGUGUUACGUUCUUUUAAACUUAAUAGGGAACACUCUAGUCUAUCACGUACACAAUAGCCAAGAAACGCAAGUUGUUACCUUGUGAAAAUCUAUCAUAAUAUUAAUAUGUAAGUUUUUAUUCAUGUAUGUAAACAAAUUUAAAUUUAAAAUUUAGAAAUAUAUACGUAUACAUAUAAUACGAAGCAGGAUGUGUGAAUACACUAUUUAAUACUUAUGGCAAAUAUUAAAGGUUUUACGAUAUCAUUAGUUAAAAAUUAAAAACUGAUCUUGUUUUGUUACAUGUACAAGUGUAUAUUUUCUGCUAAAAAAGAAGUUCAGAGGGAUUUUUGUCUCUCUAUAAUCUGCGAUAAUUGCAUAUUGACGGAAAAGAAAUUUCUGCCUGUUUAUUAAAAUUGUGCAUGGGAAAUACGUGAAUAUAUUUAUUCGCAAGAGAGAUACAAUUCAGAGAUGCGUUUUAGAAUACAUGCAUUUGUUUACAGUC